AUGGAGGAUUCCAAAAUCUCGGACCAUUCUUCAUACGACCACUUAAAUAAUUAUGAAGAUUUACAAUUAAAUGUGAAAGACGAGGAAGCUGAGAUUUCACGCUUGGAAGACAAUGCAAAUGUUCCAACGAGUUCAGAAAAGUAUGAAACACAAAAUGACGAACGUAUUCCAAAAAUUAAGUUUCAAUGCACCGUAUGCAAUAUGUUGGAAAUGGUUCAUUAUUAUGGAAAAAGUCCGCCCUUUGUUUAUGGACUCAAGCUGUUGGAGGAUUCUUUUGUGCUGCGUGAUCCUUUUCAACCGCCUCCAAUGCGUUGGAAACCCAAAGCAGAGUACUUUGUUAUAAUGGGUGCUAAGUGUACAGUAUGCGAAAAUGUCGUUUGCAAGGGGGCGGAAUGCAGUUUUUACUAUACUAGUUCCUAUUGUUUGGCCUGUGCGAAAAAACAUAUAAAUAGGUUUCCCAUUGAGGCUCAGGCAAAAUUAAGAAAGCAAUUAGAAAUAAAAACAAAACAAUAAUUUUCAUAACUUGUACAUGUGUUACUUUUUACUAGCUCUAAAAUACAAAUUAUGUUUGUACUUUUUUAAACUACGAUGUGAUUAUUAUAUUAAGAUUUUUCCUUAGGCGCAAUCUUCUUGGCUAAUUUCUGCAUUUGACUUGUCACCUUUUUCUUUUGUUUCUUUACUUGGGUACCAUCGACUUUGACACCGCGAAACUUUGAUUUUUUGUUUGUAU